CCGCUGCCAUGUCCGCGCUGCCCUUCGGGGAGUCCUCAGCGGAGCCGCCUGCCUUCCCUACAGAGCGGUGGGCGGGCGGCGGGCCCGGAAUGGCCUCGCCCACCCUCAGGGCUCUUCCCUUGUUGGAGCAGGGUCAGCGGUCGGCGGAGUCGUCGGAGGGAGCGCCGACGGUCUCGCAGCGUCGGAAGCGGACCAGUUUCACGGCGGCGCAGCUCGAGACGCUGGAGCUGGUCUUCCAGGACACCAUGUACCCCGAUAUCUACCUUCGGGAGAAGCUCGCUGACGCCACUCAGAUCCCCGAGUCCCGCAUCCAGGUCUGGUUCCAGAACAGGAGAGCCAAGUCCCGGCGUCAGCGGGGCUCGCCCCGCCCCGGCUCCACCGCCGAGCCGCCGCUAGACUACCCGCGGCAGCCACGCUUAGCCGCCCUGCGUCCCCCGGAGCGUCUCCGCUACGCUCUCUCCGGCCUGUCCCACAUCGUACAGAGCGAGGAGGGGGGUUCUGCCCCCUACGAGUGGCCGCCGGCCCCUGCCUUCCCUCCCAGCCUCGAAGGCUUCCCGCCCAGCCAGCCCCGACGAGCCGGGGCCGCCUCCUUCGCGGGGCCGGCGGCGAUGAGCAGCGUGGCCGGACCCUACCCGCCGGCUCGCCCCUUCUGCGGGCAGUACUCUCCUGUCUCGGACGCCGAAGACACCAGCUGCUACUCGGAGUCGGGAUUGGUGUGGGAGGAGAACGCCCUGGCCGCCUUCCGCACCCUCUGAGUGCUGCCGUGGGAGGGACGCGGCCCGGGAGGUCAAUUCUCCGGACUGGAUGCGAUGUCCUGUGCCAAACCCCAUCCUGGGGUAAGCGGGUCAGGGGAAAGCUCGCAUCCCUGUGCUACC